AUGGAAGCGAAGGAGACGGAGAAGGCGAAGGCGAAGAACCUGUGCCACCAGAUGGAGAUUUGGAAGCAGCUCAUCGACACGGAGAUGAAGACGGCCGCGAACUGGGAAGGGCAAUGGGGAUUCCUCAAGGGCCAAGUGCCGGCCGUGCCUGCCGGAGCUGAGGGUGCGGGCGAGUCGCGCAAGGUGACCCGCUCCUCUUCGACGCCAAGCCUUCCGAAGGAUAAGGCCAUGGAGUACUUCACCGGCACCCGGGCCCGGGCCAAGUUGGACCGUGCCGAGGCCUUGAUGCAGCGCAAGACGCUCACGCCGCAGGAGCGCUACAGUUCCAUGAGAAUCACCAGCCACGAGAUUGGCUGGCGGCCUUCCAUCGAGAGGCCCAAGCGGCGCGGGGCUGAGGUACCUUGGGGCCGCUUUGCCUCUGCGCAGCCAUCGGAACACCUCUACCUCCUUGCUGACCUACCCGUCUUCCUGCACCUCGCCCUGUUCCGCGAGUACGGUGUCUUCGGAGCACCAGGUGACUGGCGCUUGGUGGCGGCAAAGAGCCUUGGUGGAGUCAGCCAAAUUUCACUACUCGCCGGGAGGUCCUCAGCUCUAGCGGACUGUAUGGACUGUGGUGAAGGUUGGCGCACCAUGGCAGGCGAAGCGGUGAAUCUUGCCAGAGCAUCAGAGUUGCAUCCCGCCGCUGGAUUCCAGGGUGGGCCACCGCAGUACCUGCAGGGCGCAGCUCGAGGGCCAUCUGGAGGGCCACCACCUCUCCGACCCCUUGUUGCUCCAGGUGUUGGCGGCGGCGGUCCCGUUGGGCCUGGGCUCUUGGGCCUCGGCGCGCCCUCGGGCCCCGGGCGCGUGCUCCCGGGACCGCCACCAGUUCCAGGCCCUCCACCGAUGCAAGGCCUCCGACCAGGUCUGGGCCUGCAGCUCCCACCCGGCGUCACAGCUCCGGGCAGCUUUCUGGGCCUUGGCGCACCGGACUCUGGGAUCUCCCGAUCCCUGGAGCAGAUGCGCGCAGAGGUGAACAGGGUGGAGCAGGUCUGCAAGCAGCAUGCAGCAGAAGCCAAAGCCUAUGUCGGUGUGGUGGCUCGGUUGAUCAAAUCUUCCGCGGCUUUGAUUGGAGCUAUACAGGCGCAGGAGCUUCCGACGAAUGUCCAGAUCUUGAAGGACCAGCUUGGCAGCAUGAAGAUUGGUGACUCCGUCGUCUUCAAAGUUGCGCAGAAUCAAUUGGGCAUCCCUCAGGUUUCAUUUGCUCGCAAGUUGGAAGCGCUGACGCAGGAGCGGCAGAGGCUCAUGGAGGUGGAAGCACCGCUGCCGGCACCCGGCACACCGGAGUCCGAUGUAGAGUACCUGGGAUUCGUCACCAGCUUCCAGCCUGAACUGGGCUUUGGCUUCUUGAGCUGCGCACAGACGCGGCAGCUCUAUGGCCAAGAGGUGGUGAUCCACCGGGAUCAAUUCACCGACCUGAACGUGAGCGACGGCGUUCACUUCAAGGUGGCCCUGAAUGCCAAGCACCAGCCCAUCGCACGCAAAGUGCGCAAGGCCGGUGGCGACUCGCAGUCUCGAGUGCAGCCAGCAGCCGAGGGGCGCUCGGAGCGGUCGCGAUCCCGGAGUGCAUCCAUCUCGUCCCCACGGAGGAGCCGCAGCCGACGGCGCGACCGGGACCGCAGGCGAUCCGGCAGCCGAAGGAGGUGA